AGUGCCGUGCACUCUCCGACUUUCGUUUCCUCGCGUCUUCAUUGACAGAUGAUAUUCACGAGCACGAUCAGUCCGUCGCUGAAAAGCGGACUUCGGUUCCUCAGCGUGUGGCCGGACGUUCCGUAUGCCGCUGUUUUCCGACUGAUUUACAUGUUGUUCAUUCUGGUCGUCCAAUAUUUUCAAUAUUUGUAUGUGUUCGCGCACUUCAAGCUGAGCGAACUGCAGGAUCUCGUGGACAGCUUGCCACCGACUUUAGACUCCAGUUUGACGAUUAUGAAGCUGGUGACGCUUUGGAAGAAUCGUCGCGUGGUUUCCGAUAUACUGACCUCGAUGGACACCGAUUGGCGCGAGUGUGUGAAGGUUGAUCAGCAUUUAGACACGAUGACGGAGAAAGCUAGCGUCUCGCAUUUUUGCUCGAACGCUUUGUUGAGUUUCAAUACGUUCGUCGCGGUGCUCUACUACGUGAGCGAUUAUACGCUCGCUGUCAUGCAUUUCGCGAAGGAUGACAAUGACACAUCACGUCCGUUUCCAAUGAAGAUACUGUUUCCUUUUGAGGCUGAGCAAUCGCCCAUCUACGAACUUCUAGUCGUCGUCUUGUUUCUGCACGCAAUGUUAAACGUGUACACGCUUACCACUUUAAACGCGUUGAUCAUUACUCUGGUACUUCACGCAAGCGGACAAAUUGAUAUUAUAUGCCAAGAGUUCCAAACUACCUCUGAGAAAGCGUCUUAUCAUGGAUCUUCUGAGGGGAUAGGAAUGCUUAUCGAGAAGCAUAAUCGAAUCAUCACAUUUUCCGAGAAUCUUGAUGAACUCUUUUCUUUUAUGGCUUUGAUGCAGAUUUUUUGGAAUACCUUAGUUAUCUGCUCUCUAGGACUCCUCAUUAUAACGUCUGUUCAUAACGAAGCUAGUGUCGGCCUGGUGAGGACCAUAUUUGCUUAUGGCGCAAUAAUGAUGGAAAUUUUUAUCUUUUGUUUCGCCGGAGAAUAUCUUAGUCUUAAGAGUAGAUCACUCGCCGAUGCAGCGUACGACUCUUUAUGGUACAACAUGUCGUCUAGUCAGGGUAAAAAUAUAUUAUUCGUAAUUAUGAGAUCUCAGAAACAACUGACUAUCACGGCAGGAGGGAUCACAAAUUUAUCGUUAGAAGCUUUCACGAAUAUCAUGAAAGCUUCAGCGUCAUAUGUGUCUGUCUUGAAUGCGAUGUAUUGAUACCACUUAAAAACUACUGUAGUACAAUGACGUUAACACUAAAUGGCGUAAUUAGUGUGACAUGGAAAUUUAAAAACUGUUAUCAAUGAAAUUAACUGCAGACUAAACCUUAAUAUCGAUUCAAUGUGCAGUCAGGGAUUUGUACAAGUUACAGAAUCUAUUCUUAUAUUUAAUACGAUAUGUAUCAUAAAUAUUAUUUUGAUGCUUUGUUAUUAUAUGUUGUUAUAUCGUAUAUUAAAAUAAUUUUACCUAUCGAAGAUAUUAUGCAAUCCUGCAUCAUAUAUAUUUCCCGUUGAACUGUCGCUGAAAAAUUUUAGUGGCUCCGCAAAGUCCACGUAACAUCUUUUCACAGCCUGUGAUUGCAACUAAACUUCUAUUUAUACAAGGUAUUUAAUAAGACACGCAAGACUACGUGUAUAGAUAGAUUAGGUCAAGUUGAACAAAAUAUUACAACCACGUAAAAUUUUGAGUUAUUAAUUAAAGAAGAUUGACAAAUGAUCACGCGCAAUACGACAAAUAAACUAUAAUAACGACACCUGCAUUUGUAUGCUAGUAUUAAGUUAACCUGAACAAAAAAGUCCUUUACCAUUUUGCAAAUAAUUGCGUAGAUGUUCAGUUAUUAAUUAAAGAAGAUUGAUGUACUAUUACACACAACUAUACUUCUUUAAUUUUCUUUAAUUUAAUUUAUAACUAAACAUCUAUUUGAUUAUUUGCAAAAUGAUAGAGAGCUUUUUUGUUCAGUUUGACCUAAUAUACAAGAAUACAGCGGCAGGAAUCACCAUCACCGUCUACCGUAUGACGCGUGAUGAUUCACGCAUCUUCAAUCAAUAACUCAAAUAUAAGUUAAAAAUUUUUGUGGUUCUUUGAAAAAUAAUAAAGGAAUUUAUUUUUUUGUUUGAUCUAAUCUAUCUACACAUAUGGUCUUGCGUGUUUUGCAUCAGAUACCUUGUAUAUACUUGGCUUAGAUUGUUUUUGCUUUUGAUAAUCCUCCCAGGUGUGAGGUUGGUAUAAUUUGAAAUCCUGAAACAAUGAAGAAAAUUAAUUGUUCUUAUAUUACAGGUCCUUAGUAUAAAGGAGGUACGAUGUUUCUCCCCUUAUUUAUCUUUUUCAAUCCCAUAACUGCGAUUGUUCAAAAGAGUUUGUGUCUGUUAGCCUUCAUGAUAUGUAGAGAAUACGAAGGUCGUUCUAUCUGCCACUUUUUGACAAGUAAUAAGCAAAUUUGUUUUUACCGUCGAUGGAUCUGAUUUAUCGAACCGGACAGAGCGACUAUUAACGUGCGUGACAUAAACUGCAUUCUGAAUCACGAUUGAAUACAUUGUUCUAAUACAAUUACGGGACAGACAGAUAAUAAGCGUUGCCUCGGAUUACUGUUCGACUACACAUACAUAAUUGCGAUUGGUCGAUUGAGAGAUCCUUGAGCAGAGACGUAUGAUGUUGAGCUUUCUCUAGGAUCGCGAAAUAAUUUCGUGAUAUUAUACUGGCAUAACAACUGCUGAAUGUGCCGGUAUUGACCUUUCGUUGUUCUUAUCAUAGACCAAUUUCCGUUUUCGCCCAAAUCUAUUGUUCUGAGAGCAAUACAUAAUUUCUAUCAUAACAAUUUAAUUUUAACAAUUAAUUAUCUUGUUUCAGAGAAAAAUAAUACUUCCAAUGGAUGUAAGGAGUCCCAGUUUCUCAAUAUACUUUAUCUCAAUACUUUAUCUUUAUCUCAUUACGAUGUCAACAAAUUAAGAUAUCACCUACAUUUAGUAGACAAAGUAGCUCAUAGAUUUAAGGUGACAUUCGAGAUUAAAAUUUUCUAGAUUCUAAUUAUAUUUAAUAUGCAAAAGUUAUAUAUAAUAUGAGCUGGAUUAUAUGUCUUUCUUUGCUUUGUUACCUUAAUAUAUUUACUAAAAUGUUCUUACUCAUAAGUAAACCUAUCCAAAAGUUACACUUUUGUGUAGGUUUAUUUGUUAGAAAAGGCACCUAAUUUUUCAGACAACUUAUUUUAAAAAUUUGCAGUGAAAUUUACAAACAAUUCUGCGCACGUCUACUCAAUUCCACUGAUGCUAUACCAUUUACUUAAUCGACUAGAAAAUUUCGACUAGUCGUGUCCAUUUUUAGCUCAUCGUUUUCCUUGAAUGUUGAUUCAUUCAACAAGCGUAAAUGUGUUCAAAAUGGAAUUGACAUUUUGAGAACUUGACGUUCUGUACUUAUGUGUUUUUAUCAGAAACGCAAUGUUCAUUACUUAAUCAAAUCAAUCUUUUAAUUCAAUUGUUUUAUGUGUUUUUCGUUCUAUAAUAAAACAGUCUGCUCAUGGUGACACCAGUAUCGGGUUAUUGGUGAAAGCUGCUUUUUCUUGCAGCGUCAUACUCACGGAAAUCUUUAUAUUUUGCUUCGCCGGGGAAUAUCUUAGUUUUAAGGGUACCUCAAUCGCCGAUGCUGCCUACGAUUCGUUAUAGU